GAGAUGAAUAGUGAGGGACAUUAUUAUAGCUCAGCUCAGCUGUAUAAGGAUUCCUGCGACUAUCAAAGGCCACAUAACCAGGACUAUAACCAAAGCCCACCGCCUUGUCUCUACAUGGGGAGACAGCAACAGGGCACUUACGCCGCGCCUUCUCUCAGUGCUACUGAUCAGGAGGCACCGCCAGAAGUUUCUGCUUACGAAAUGCCCUUGUUAACGGAAGAUCCUACUUUGUCUCAUCUGCAUCACCCUACACCUCAGCAUCACCACCCAUCCCAUCAACAGGUCAUGGGAUAUGGGGAAACACCGGAUAUGGGGUUACUUGACGAUCGCAACAGGUUCCAGUUGCCGUUUCCAUGGAUGAAAUCUACGAAGUCCCACGCUCACCAUACGUGGAAAGGACAAUGGUCAGGUGGAUCCUAUAUGGUAGAACAAGAAGAAAACAAGCGCACAAGAACAGCUUACACAAGAGCACAGCUGUUGGAGUUGGAGAAGGAGUUUCUCUUCAAUAAAUACAUUUCCAGACCGCGAAGAGUUGAGCUAGCUGUAAUGCUUAAUUUGACUGAAAGACAUAUUAAAAUAUGGUUUCAGAACCGAAGGAUGAAAUGGAAGAAAGAAGAAGACAAGAAGAGAAGCAAGAUUGAUGAUCCAGAGCAGGAUUCUUCUAUUUCAUCUGGGGAUUUGAAGGAUGAGGCUUGUGGCCAGUCUCUUACACACUCACGGGAUCUGGUUACUGGUAACAUGGCAUCCUCUCCACAACAUAACAUUCUAAAAGGUUCUUCAAUAUGAAGUUCAUUGUGAUCUUGAUAAUUCUGAAUACUUUGUUUGGUGGAACAUAGCCACAAUACUUAAAUAAAUUAAUGACAAAAUAGGGCAGGAGAAGAACCUUUCUUAACAAAAAGCCUUAUGAUGUCUAUGUGUCUUAUUGACUUAUCAUGAUAUGUUUGUUUUGUUGGAUUGCAUCUUUUCUUAUUAAGAAAAUGCAUUCACUGAGAUCAUUCAGGUUACAUUAAAAUGCAUCCUUUUUGAGUUUUACUUUUGCACUACCAUACUAAUGCACAUUUGUGCAUGUCGUGAUAUUGUUGGAAAAGAGAGAGCAUUUGUGUGUAAUAAUAACCAUUAUAUUUUACCUCAGCUAUACUCCAGAAAGCCAUUUCUCCUUCAUGAAAGCCUUCAAUCAGGUAGUGUUAAUAAAAAUUGGUGCCUUCCGGUGUUUAAGGAAUAUACAUGACUAAUGCUGAACAUGAGCCUAUGAUUCUGUAAUAUGUUAUGAAAGAUCUGACCUGUAACCUUUUGAGAAAGCAACAUAUUUAACAGACAAGGGAUUUGAAGAUAAAAAGGUAUGAGUUUUACUUGUUGAUUUUAAAACAUAUUUGUAUAAGCUAUCUUUUAGUCUUCAGACAUACUACUGUAUAUUCCCAUCAUCUAAGGCGUCUUUAUAUAUUCUGCAAAGACUUGGGGGCUUUGAUUGCUUAACCACUGGGUACUGGAAGAUGACGACUACUGGAGGAUCAGGUGUCCAAAAUGUAUAUGUAAAUAAUAAUGAUGUAUUUUGCAUAAUAAAAUGUUAUGUAAGUUACUUAGUUGACUGUUAUAAUUUAUACUAUAUGUGAUUAAGCUAAACAGUGUAAUUUAAUAGAAUGUAAUUCUGCUACUAUCGUAGCAAAUGUUUUAGGAAACUACUGUGAAGUGGGAUUGUUUGCUAGUGUUUUGUAUUUCUUCCUUUUUUUAAGGAGUUGCUAUAUGAACAUCACAUUUUAUUUUUAUGCAUGUGGUCAUCUUGUUUUUAAAUACUGCUAGGUAAAAUUAUUAUAGGAAAAGAUUUACCACUACUCUAUCUAUAAAGUAAUAUUUUCUAUACGCUUAAUAUUGUUAUUUUUUUAUGCCUGUCUCACGUUUAACUAUAAUUUAUAGUACUAACUUUUCAAGCAUG